UAAUCCUUCAUUGUAUCUACAGUUUUGUCUUUCAGAUGUUUUUUCUAUAAAUUUGUUUUUAUUCUCUCAAAUUAAUAUUUUAAUCACUCGGAAUGAUUCCAAGACGAUAUAAUACAGAAUCAACUCACAAAACACAAAAUUUUUCGUCUGGACCAAAAAUGCCAGAACUGCCAGUGUUGAGAAAAUUGAAUUUGAAUUGGGAUAGAAGAUUGGAAAAGCUUCUAAAUAACAGAGAUGCUCAGGACGAUUACUUUCAGAUUUAUUCAGACGCUUCAAACACAACGAUCUCUACAAUUUGCAUAAAUUCGAACAGAAGUGGAUUUACGGAUUCUUGUUGGAGUGACACAGACGAUACUCGCAGAGAUGAUAUAGUUAUACGGCUGUCUGAACAUGCCUUCUACAAUACUAAGGUCAAUCCAUUUCCACAACUGAAUUUCCCACCGACCAUUAAAUCUGAAAAAAAAUUGUCCAAAAUCAUUGAAGAUGUGGCUCCUGCAGGCGGUGUUGCAGAAGCAGUGAUCGAUAUUCGUAUCAAUGAAGAUGUAAAUCUUAUUGGUGUCGCAAGUGAGGCAGAUACGUUUAGUCCUACAGUGAUUCCUGACAAUGGAUUUAUUGAUGAAGAAACUGACCUUCAGAACAAUCAAAAAUUACCACCUGCAGAAGCUUGUAGUACAAGUAAAGAGGCAGUUGAUGGGAACAAUGAAGAUACGGAUGUCUCCCCUGAAGUAAAAGACAAUCAGAGUAAUUCUUGCUGUGCAAUCAAUGACCUAGUCAAUCAGAACAACGGCUUUGUAACUGCAGAUGAUGUCGUAAUUGAAGUUAAAGACGAUCAGAGUAACAAAACGAUGGCUUGUGAUGUGAACUGUGAUCUAGCUAACGGUCAGAACAGUAGUGAGAUUGUUCUUCCUGCUGCACAUGGGAAUGCAAAUGUUCAUACAGUGACUCUUGAAGAUGAAUUUAUUAAUGAAGCUACAGAUGAACCUAAAAAUGAAGACAUGGUUGCUCCGUCUGAAGUCACUGACAGCCAAAACAUUACAGAGAAUUUGAUAAAUACUUCAAAUGAGAAGAAAAACGGAUGUGACAAUGAAGACCCAGUACGGGCUAUUGACGAUGUUACAAAUAGUACUGCAGAGGAACAGAACAAAGGGGUCAUGGCUGUUGAAAAUAUCGACAACAAUGAUAUUAUCGAAGAUAAAAGUCAGACUCCCUGUUCAAUCCCUGUUGAUAAUUCUACUCAGAUUCAAGUUAAUUCAACAGAAAAUGCAAUGGAAGAAAAAAUAGCUGUUCCUCAGCUGGUUUCGAAUCUUGUUUUACAGAAAUCCAGUAUCGAGUCAUCCAAAUCGAUCCGAAACUUAAACAACAAUAUAGACGAGGUGAAACGGACUAAUUCCAACCCUGAGCCGGUUUCCAGUCAGACUUCUUCGAAGAACAAUUCUGGAUUAGAGAUGCGUAAAAAGCGAUACAGAAAAACAGUUGACGCUAACCAUCGUAAGAAUGUGCAGAGUCAACUGAGUAAAUCGUCUGGUUGUACUAAGGUUACAUCUACAACAACUGUACAAGUGACAACGAAUGACGAUACAGUAUUCGAUGCCUUGGCAGAUAUGCCCGAAUUCAUUAACUCUUCGGUAAUUAACCUAGCGUCAUCCUACAUAGAAAGCAGAAUGCGACAAGAGAAAAAUCAACGGACCAGAUUCAUUGACUUCGAUAGUGCGCUUCCAUCUAGUUCUUCUAGCUUUACCCAGUCAUGGAGGAACGAAAAGCUCUCAUCGAUAGACGAUGAGUACAUAAGUCCACGCGAAGCCUAUAAGCAGUUGAACAAUUUGUUGAAGGACGGGACCAACGAAAACCUUAAAGCUGUUAUGUAUGACGAUUACAAUGGAUUCCGUUUUGAUGACGACGUCGCCUCAUCCGAAGACGAAUUUCUUAGCGACAUUGAAGAUUUGAACUUGACCAAAGCAAAUUGGACGCCACCGGAAUCGGAAUUACGUAGACAGGUUGCAAUUAUUUUGAAAAAAAUUCACCCGCUGGAAAACAACUACAGCAGCAUCAUCGAUGAUAUGCUGGUCAAAUAUUUGAACUAUAUCCAUUCGAAGCAAAAAGUGGCUAAAGUCAACCGAAUCGUCGAUUGUGUAAAUAAGCCAGUUUCUCAGCAAGAGAAAACCGAAAUGUUGAUCAGACGAGAAAUCAACGAUAAGAAAUUGAAUCGUGAAUUUUAUCAUUCACCAAUGGAACCAUCGGAUUUUACGGAACUUUGCGAGCGACGAAGGGAAGCAAUUAUUAGAAAAUACACACGGUGCCAUAACGAUCGUAAGUUUUGUUACAGUUACUUUAUGCGUUCGAUUGACGAUCGUCCAGUUAGCAAUGUUGGUCGGAAAAUUGCAAAAUUGAAACAAGAAUUGGAGUUGAUUUUUGCCUAAAUUUUUUAUUGAUUUACUGCAUUGCACUUGUGUAA